AUGGAGUACCUGAGGAAGAAAGCCCGGCAAAGCCAUGAAGCGAUAGUUACAGACACCACCCUCCAACGCACUGUACGCUAUGGCGAAAAGGCUCUCCGUGCUGCUCCUUCGGUCGCUGGGCAAUACCUCCUCCAGAAGGCCCCAAUCAUUCAGUGGCUCCCCAAGUACAAUCCGAGGUGGUUUCUCAACGACACUCUAGCUGGAAUCACAGUGGGCGUGCUGCUCAUCCCUCAGUCACUUGCGUACGCAAAGAUUGCCACAAUUCCAGGGCAGUAUGGCCUUAUGUCGAGUUGGCUACCCAACUUCCUCUACCUUAUCAUGGGCACCUCAAAAGAUCUCUCAACCGGUCCUACAUCACUCAUGGGUCUGUUGACUGCCGAGAUUAUCGAAGACGUUUCGAAAGAUGGAUACAGUCCCCAGGCCAUUGCAUCGGCCGUCGCCAUGUCUGUUGGUAUAUACUCCAUGGCGCUCGGCUUGCUGAAAUUGGGAUUCCUGCUGGAAUUUAUAUCUGUACCAGUCUUGAGCGGCUUCAUCUCAGCAGCAGCCAUUGUCAUUAUGCUUGGUCAAAUUCCAUCCCUAUUCGGAAUCACAGUUCGCUCCGGGACAGCCAACAUUAUACACGACCUCUUCGCUAAAAUACCCCAAUAUGAUGGCCCCACCUGUGGAGUUGGUCUGGGUGGGAUAUUGCUGCUCUAUCUCAUGCAGAAGAUGGGCCAACGCUGGGGAAAGAAGAACAAGGCCAUCUGGCUACUAGCACUUGGACGCAGUGCUGUGGUCCUUGUUCUUUUCACGGGUAUCUCAUACGCUGUCAACAAGGGGAAGGACGAUCCAGUUUGGGCGCUUAGCAAGGUCAAGUCUGAUGGCAUCGCAACGCCCCGCAUGCCCGACACAACGCUCUUCAGCAAAGUAUUUGCUCGUUCCAUUGCCCCCUUUAUAGCUGCGGCGCUUGAACAUCUGGCCAUCGCUAAGGCAUUUGGUCGAAAGAACGGAUAUGUGACCGAUGCUGCCCAAGAACUCGUCUAUCUUGGCUUCGCCAACUUCUUCAAUUCGUUCUUUUCAUCCAUGUCUGUUGGAGGCGCCAUGUCGCGGACUGCAGUCAACUCUGAGUCUGGGGUCAAGUCACCUGCCUACGGUCUAGUUGCUGGUGGCGUAGUCAUCCUGAGCAUCUUCAAGCUUUCGCCAGCACUAUAUUGGAUCCCCAAAGCCACACUAGCAGCCAUCAUUGUCACAGCAGUAUGGCACAUUGUAGUCCCCGUCCAAGUUUUCUACAGCUACUGGCGCACCUCUGUAAUCGACUUCAUCACCUCCAUGCUCGCCUUCUGGCUCACCCUCUUCGUCUCAUCCGAAGUCGGCAUCGGUACGGCGGUCGGCUUCAACAUUGUCUAUCACCUCCUCUUCAUGGCCUUCCACCGCGUCCGCCGUGUCACAUCCAUCACUGUAGAAUCAAACGCGCGUAUACCAGGUACACAUGCCGUCCCCAUGGACACCCAGGUCUUCCGCAUCCACCAAUCGAUGCUCUUCUACAACGCAUACCACAUCAAGAACCAGUGCCUCGACAACGUCCAAACAUACAACUCGGGCGAUGUCGCAACACUAGAGGCUGCGCACGCAAACCGCAACUGGAGUGUCGCUGGCAAAGACCGCGCUGCGCGUCUCCGUUCUAAAGCAGACAUUAUCGACGAACCUGUUCAAAUCCGCAACGUCGUCAUCGAUAUGCGUGCCAUGCACAACAUUGACACCACUGGUCUGACUGCGCUCAAAGACCUCAAAGCCGAUAUUGAGGCCUUUGGCGGUAAGAACACACAAUUUAGACUUGUCGGACUGAACGAGCGGGUGCGCGAGCGCUUUGCACGGUUUGAAUGGAAUUUACGCGAUGCACCGGCUAUUGAUGGUGAUGAUGCGGAGAGGAAGGGUACCCGUGUGUACGAGUCACUUGAGGACGCUGUGUUUAGGCGGUCGAGGACUUUUUCGACAGAUGAGAUUACAGUUGAGCCGGUUGAGGUGCACAUUGUAGGGGACGAGAAGGAGAAGGUGUAG